AUGCCAUCACGAAGUCCACGUUCACGUAGUCGAAGUCCGUCAAAACGACAUAGAAAAAGUCAUAAACGUUCAAGAAAAUCCAGUGAUGAAGGUUCAUCACCAAUAAGCAAUAUAUCAAUAAAAAAAGAAGAAGGAUCAACUAAUGAAAAUAGUUCUGUUUAUAAACCACGACUUCCAUCAAUUAUGUUACCACCAUCAUUUUUAGCUAAAUUAGAUGUUAAAGACGAUGAUAAAAGUAUAUCACCAACAGGAGAUCAAUCACCAGCUGACUCAACAGGAAAUAAUAUACAAGCAAUGAAAAAACGUAAACGACGUUUUGGUGAUGAAACUGAUCGAGUGUUUUUACCUAAUAUGCCAACAACAAUUUCAACAAGUAAUAUGACAGAUCAGCAACAAAAAAUUUAUAUUUUACAACUUCAAAUUGAAGAAUUAACACGGCGUUUAAAAAUGAAUGAUUUAAAUAUUUCAACAAAUCCUGAAGUCAGGUCUCCAUCACCCGAACCACUUUAUGAUCAACAAGGAAAAAGACAAAAUACACGAGAAGUUCGAGCAAGACGAAGAAUUGAAGAACAACGUCAUCAACUUGUUACGGAAUUACUUAUACUUAAUCCUGAAUAUAAAGCACCAGCUGAUUAUAAACCUCAACAAGCAAAAUAUAUUGAUAAAGUAAUGAUUCCACAAGAAGAUCAUCCAGAAGUUAAUUUUGUUGGUUUAAUUAUUGGACCACGUGGUAAUACACUCAAAACAUUAGAAAAAGAAACCAAUGCGAAAAUCAUCAUUAGAGGUAUACAAACUAAUUCUCAUAGGUUGUUAAAUUUAAAUAGGAAUUUUUUUCAAGGCAAAGGAUCAAUCAAAGAUGGAAAAAUGGGUUUAGUCAGAUAUGGCCCAUUACCAGGUGAAGAUGAACCUUUACAUGCUUAUAUAACUGGUACAUCUCCUGAAAUAGUAGCUAAAGCCGUAGAAAAGGUUAAUCAAAUAAUAAAUCAAGCUAUUGAAGAACCUGAAGGAAUGAAUGAAUUACGUAAACAACAAUUACGAGAAUUAGCAUUACUUCAUGGCACAUUACGUGAAAAUGAUUGUCUCAUUAAACUUAAAUUAAUGACUGAAGCUGAAAAAAUUAUUACAAAUACAAUAAUAUGUACAAUAUGUGGUGGAGCUGGACACGUACCAAGUGAUUGUAAAUUUCGUAAAAACCCUGAUGGUACUUAUGCAGAAUUAAAUCCUGAUGGAUCACUUAUGAUUAAUGGAGCCAAUAGAGUUGAACAACAAAAACUUGAUUGUGAAUAUCAAUCGUUAAUUAAUGAAUUAACAGGUAAAAAAGAUUCGGAUACAAGUACUUUAUCAUUAGAAGACCGAAAAUGUUUAAUGAGUGGAUCAAGGACAAACGGUCCAACAUUAGCUAUAACAGCUGGAGCUCCAGUAACAAAUAAUCCAGCCAGUACUACUCCAGCAACAUUUAAUAGUCCCACUAAUCCUACUAAUAAUAAUGGAACAACGAAUACUACUAAUAAUAAUUAUAAUCCUCCGUCAUUAAUGUCUCUUAAUACAAAUAAUACAUCAACGACUCAACCACCAACAUCGUCAACUUAUUGGAGUAACACAGGUCCUCGUUAUAAUAAUAAUGAUGUAUUCGAUGGUCAUUAUCUUCUACGGCGAAAUAAUCGUAAUAAUAAUUAUUCAGCAUAUAUUGAAGGUGAUUCAUAUCGUGCUCAACAUAUACCAGCUUUAAUGGAAAAUGGAGCAAGUAAUAGUAAUACAAAUUCAUCAACAUCAUGGACAAAUCCUCAAAAUCCUCAACAAAAACAACAACAACAACAACAACAACAACAACAACAGCAACAACAACAAUGGAGUCAAUGGAAUCAAUAUAAUGCUGCUAUGUAUUAUCAAAGUUUAUAUCAACAGCAAUAUUAUCAAAAUAAUAAUACUGGUUUCAUACCACCAUUACCAAAAACAGCUCCUCCACCACCGCCACCACCACAUUAA